UUAUAACAUUAUGCAAUACUUACCUCAAUUUCACAGCUUGAUUAUAAUUGAAUUAUAUUCUGAAUAUUUCUCGAUUGCUUGAAACAUCACAUCCUUUAAACAUGGUUGCAUCGAAAGAUCCAACAGUUGUUGAUUUUAUUGUUGUGGUUGAAGCAACAGCCAAUAUGCUAUCACAUUGGGAAAAGAUAAAGAAGUCUUAUAUAGGGCCAGCAAUUGAAUAUUUUAACGGAAGACAGCCAUCCCCAUUAGAUUAUGUUGGUAACCACGGCAACAGUCAGUUUGGCUAUGUUCUCUUCAGUUCUGCAGACUGUGCCCCUGAUUUAGUAACAAGAUGCUCAAAUGUCACCCAAAGCCCUUGGGAGUUUUCCCACAGUUUGAACUCCAUUUCAUUUUCUGGUGGAGGAUGUGAACGAUCUAGCCUUGUGUCUGAAGGUCUUGGGAGGACCCUACAGCUGUUUGAUGAACUUGCCCAAAGGCGUCACCAUGAACGUUCCAUGCAAGUAUGUUUUUUGGUUUGCAAUUCUCCACCUUAUGAUAUUCCAUGCAGUGAAGCUUAUAUGUACAAUGGUCACACUGCUGGCAAGCUAGCAGAAAUAAUGGGUACUAAAGGUAUUCAUCUCUCAGUGAUAUCUCCGCAACAAAUUAGGUCUCUCAAGGACUUAUUCAUUUCUGCUAAUCGAAAUGAACUUCCAUCUAUGAAUUAUGCUCAAGAUCCAAGACAUCUUGUUCUUAUCAGCGGAUUUCAACUUCCUACAGAGCGUGAUCCUGUGAAACUCAAUAUCAAAGAUGAGCAAAAUCAUUCAAAAAAUGCAUCGAAAAAUAACACAUUGAAUUCAAUUUCUGCCACAAGUUCUUCCUCUAUUCCAAGUCCAUCUCAACAUCAAACUGCAUCAUCUACCACAGUUACUCACAACACACAACUAACUUCUAUUGCAUCAUCUCCCGGUUCACUUUUCUCUACUUCAGUACCACAAUCUCAGCCUGGACAGCUAAUCAAUACAGGUGCAGCAUCCACAAAUACAAAUCAGAACUCAUUACCUUCAGGGCAGUCUGUAAUGAGAACACAGAUAGCACAGGAUUUAAACUCAACUUCUCUUGGAAAGCUGCAAACAAGUUUGCCAAGCUUCUCUGUAAGCCAAAAUCUUCAACCUCAACCGCAGCAGUCUAAUAUGAGUAUGAAUUUUACCAAUUCUAAAAACUCAAAUAUUUUACAGUCUGGCAAUGACUCUCCUUAUUCCAGAUCAUCUCUUGGUCAGGCAUCUAACAACAGCGUCAUGUCUCAUGGAUCUGGCAAUGUGGGAACCACAAAUCUUAAGGACAUGCUGCAACCAAAUGCACAUUCGUCACAUACGCAGAUACCUAUUUCCAAUGUUACUUCGUUCCCACAACCCUCAGAUAGUAGUGUCAACAUGGUUACAAACAGCAUGGGAGGAAUAACGGCCACUAUUCCUGAAAAUUCUGAUGGAAUGUACAACCAACAAACUCAACAGCAGAAUGUAUCCAUGCAAGACCAGCAACAACAGCAACGAUUAGGAAAUCAACAAAUAACUCAACGCAUAGGUGAUACAUUCUCUUCUGUACCUUCAAACAUGCAGCAGGCGCAGCCGUACAGUACUCCUAAUGCAUUAAAUUCCGGAAUGCAAAGUAAUCAACAAAUUUUGUCAAACAAUAUUAAUACAUUUACUUCAUCAUCAAAUUCUUUCCCACCAAACCGUGGCAUUCGUCAGAGUUUCAAUUCAUCUAUGCCCUCUCAGCAAUCAGGAUCGAUUCAAGGAAAUGUCACUACUAUGCAUCAGAUGAAUAAUCCAAUUCAACAACAAGCUGGAAACAUGGGCAUUGGUGGUUCAGCACAACAACCAACCCACCUUUUAAAUCAUGGGCAAGAGCUACCAUCAACAUAUCUUAACACUGGGAAUGUUCCAAAACCUGCUACAAGACAGCCAACAGACAACAUGAGGAUAACAUGGGAUGGCAUUCUAGAAUGGACCGAAAAAAGAAAAAUAGCACAAGGAAUUCAAGGAACUGCAAGAACUAACCACACUCUCCAAUGCAAGGUAUUGUUGCGCUCAACUCAAUCAGAUGAAUCAUUGAAUGCAAACCUGUGGCCAACCAAACUGAACAUGCAACUUAUUCCUCAAAUUGUAUUCACUUCAAUGAAAAAUCAAAUGAAGAAUAAUAUUUCUGUCAGUUUGCGAAUGUCCCCACUUGACCAAAUGCAACAACUGGCAAAUAUUAUGAAAAAUAAGUGGAUGGGAUUAAUCCAGAUACCUUCUCCGAGUCAAAAUUCUGCAGAAAAUAAAGUUAUGCUAGUAAUAUAUUCACAAAAAACUUCUCAAUUUUUUGGGGUUCUUCCACUUGAUCCCCAUAAUUUUAUACAAACAAUCAGAUCUGUAAUAGCUCGACAUAAUCCUAGCCAACCAACGCAGUCUCGGCCAAACAAUCCUGGUGCACAACAGUUACUUCAAGGCAAUGUGGAUCAGGGUGGAGGAAUGUCAGGCUUGAGCUCAUUUCAACCGCAGGGCAAUACUCAUUCAAUGGCACCAAACCAGUUCAAUGUGCCUAGUUCAAAUCCCAACAUGAGACCGACUAUGAAUACUAUGCAACAGCAGUCUAUGACAAGAAGCGUAAUGAAUACCGGUAUGUCUCAAGUGAGAGGAGGUAUGCAAAUGCAAUCUUCUCAGCCCCAGAGAACAAUGAAUUUUGGACCUGGUCAGAGGAUGCAAAACACGGGUCAGAUAUCCAAUCAGCAAGCGAUGAUGAUAAAUCAACAGCAAACACAACAACAACAACAACAGAUUACACAGAACAGCAUAAAUCAGCCACAUAUGCAACAAUCUGCAAAUCAGCAGUUUAUGUACCAGAAUAAUAUUAAUCCACAAAGAAAUUUAGUUCAGAAGCAAAUAGACCAAAAUAAUGACCCUAUGAGGCAGCAAAUAAGAAUGAGAUUUCAACAGCAGCAGAAUCAAGUACGCCAGGUGGGUCAAAUGUCAGGUCCUGGAUCUCAUGAACAAUUGAGGACGCUUCUUCAAAGCGGUAACAACAUGGGGCAGAAUAUUCAGCGUCCAAGAAUGCAAAACAUGAAUACAGGAAUGCGUCAGACACCACAAAACAUGGCUUCUGGAUUUGUUCAGAAUCAGCAAGUGCGGCAUCCUGGCAUGCAGGGGGCACGUAUGAUGACAAUGCAACAGCAACAGCAGAGGUUUAAUAUGCAGUAACAUUGCGAAAAUGGCUGACUGUAGAGAUUUGUUGCGAAAAAUAAAUUUACCAUCUGGACAAACUAUUAUACACUUAACCAAACUGUGAAUUAUUCAUUUGCUUGACUCAAAUGACUUUAUGUAAAUAUUGAUUCAAAAAUGAUCCCCUUUAUUCAUAUAUUUAGGGGAUUUCUUUUUUUGUUACAAUAUGUCGCGCAAUUUGAUUCAGUAAGUCUCAAUGAUAAUAGUUCCUCUUUUAUUUGAUUUUUAAGCAGGUAGUGUGUUCCAAUAUAGGUACUCCUGUAGUAUGUGUACCAGGUUAGGCCUUAAUUUCAUGCUGAUUUUUUCUUAUCUUAGUUCUAUUAAGAGUUCGGGGACUGUCUGUGUUAGCCAAGUGCCUAUUCCCCUCUACACAACUUGAUAUAAAUAGGCAAACAAAAUUUAGUCAUCUCCAUAUUGGUACACAUACUUCUAGAGCUUUUUAUUUACGCUUCGGUUACUCCUUCGUUUACCCCAAUGAGAUCAGCUCAAUAUGUUAAUGAGAUACUGCCAAAAAGAGUUACUGCUCUGUUUUUGUAUUUUUUCCUUGAAAUUGUUUUGUGAAUCAUGUUCUUUUCUUAGAAAAACUCAAUUGAUUUACUUCUCCAUCUUACUAUUCUUAUUUAUAAAAUCCAUCGGUAGCAACCACAGCCAAUUCGAAUCAUUCCCAUAUUUUGAACAAUAUUGGUCAAAUUAGGGCCUACAACUAAAUGCCAUUUGAAAGCUGGGUUGGUGUUUUUUUGCUAAUAUAUUAAUAUUAAUCUGUCCAUGUUCCGCUAUUUGAGAUUUUAAAUUUAUGUCGGAAUCUAGUUAAAAAAAAUACGGUCAACAUGAAGUUUUUAAGGCGUUACUAGUUUGAAAUGGAGAUAUUGAGUUCAAUCAAAGGAUAUCGCCUUUCCAAAAAAAUAUUUUGAGUGUGAACAGUUUUUGUUUUAACAUGUCACACUCAGUUUGAUGAGGGGGGACACUGGCCUGAUCACUUGUUUUCAACUGCUGUUUUGUUGUAUAUACUAAUCUUAUUUCUAUUUACGUUUUUAUUCUUUUAUGAUAUUUAAUUAGGGUCUAUUUUAUGACCCAGUUUCAACCUUUCCUUCAAACAAGCUUUUCAGCAAUCAGCCACCGUCACAUAGAGCCGCUACUACGCUUUUCGGGACAGUAGAAUUUUUAGUUGCGAACUACCUGUUCAGUGAGUUAUUAAAUUGUGUAAUUUUUCAAGCAUUUUUCUUGAAACAUAAUUUUGCAGUAGACUGCUAAACUCGUGUAGAUUCAUGUGUGAAUAUACAUAUAAUAUAUAAUUCUCUUGAAAGCA